AUGGUUUCGGAGUCUGGAAUAAACGCCCAGACGGACGGCAGAAGUCGCGUUUGUACUGUGUGCGGUUGCAUAAACCCAGUACACUUCUCCUUUUGUCUCACGUGCGAGGCUAGUCUCCCUUCCUUGCGAAAUAGCUACAUUACACAAUCUCUGUUGAGUGGACAACAAAAGCAGCAAACACCUCCUCAGUGGACCCCAACUACUUUAUCUGCAUUACAUGAGACUGGACAUACAACUUAUGUAUCGGCUCCUUCGACAAAGACAUUGUCACUGCCAAAGCCACAAAAUGCAUUCGAAAAUUGGGCGGCCCUGCAGCCACCAGCCAUACCUUACACGCCGGCCGAUGCUCCGUGGAGGUUAAACAGAGCUGAUCCACUUAGCAAUGAAGUGUGCAACAUGGCGCCGCCAUAUAUACAAAAGGCCAACUCUGGUACUCAAACAGUGGGCAUCUACUUUCCAAGCUCGACUGCAGUUCGCCAUAUGAUCAAGAAUACUAGUAACGGUAGUUUGAAUCAUGCAAGUCCAGAUGACAAUAAGCGUCCUAUUCUGGCAACUGCCAUCAGUCCCGGUCAAGGGUACGUUUCAUAUCUGGCUGGUUCAGUGAUUUCACUCGAUCACUGCCACCAUAUCCGUGCCACUCAAGGCAUUAUGUUCUACACUCUGCCACAAGCCUCUAAUAACAGGUAUACCCCAGCCUCACUGAGCAGGCCUCCAAAGUCUGGAUUCUUAGGUAGCAUGCAAAACUAA